AUGUUCACAGGUUGUCGAUGGCGAUGGAGGAGGCAGACGGCAAGGACGUCGAUGACGAUUGAGGAGGUAGGCAGCGAGGGAGUCAAUGGCGAUGGAGUCGGCAUAGGAAGGGUCAGAUCUGGAGACUCGCUUUUUUCUCCAGUGGCAACAUGGUCUUGUCAGGCCAACGACGAUGGAGGAGGCGAGCGACGGCGACAAAGAGAACUUGUGAUAUGA